CUGAACAGACACACAGAAGAAAACUUUGGUUCUACAGAGCUGUGUAUACAGAUCAUUCUCAAUCGAGCUCCACGAGUUCUAAACUGCUGCUCGAACUGUGAAUCCGCUCAGACCUGCUCCGACACAACCCGCCGCAGCGUCGGGCAACACCACAGCCAGUUUCCAGCAACACUCGGGUCAGAACCAUGGAGAGCUCCGGAAUGUUGCUCGCUCUGCUGUGUGCCAGCCUCUCCCUAGCCCUGUGCCAGGGGCAGUCAUCCCGGGAGGUGUCCGCCGAGGAGUACACUGUAAAGAAAUCCCCUUCAUCCUCCGAGAAAGAACUGGUAGAAGCAAUGGAAGAACUUGUAGGAAAAUUCCAGAGCAGAUUCCCAUCAUAUGAGAAGAAAGCUGGAACCAUCCCACUGUGUGAUGUGGGAGACCGGUGUGCAGUGAAGCAGGGUCCCAGGAUUGGAAAGCUGUGUGACUGUGCCAGAGGGAGCACCUGCAACUCCUUCCUCCUCAAAUGCAUCUAAAGACCCCCCCUUCACCCCGGCAGCUAUGAUCGGCCACCAGAGCUGAGGGGCAGCGAAGAGUGUCCCGUCACACUGCCGGACAGCACCAGUCACCACCCCGUCCCAAAUAAAACACCUAGACACCGCAAUUCUGAUAAAUAUGAUAUGUGUUAAUGCUUGCACCCCUUUUACAUUCCAGAAGUAUUUUAUGUUUAGUGGAAAAAGGGGCUAUUGACCAUCCACACGAAUUCCAGACAUGCAUUUUAUAGCAAAAAAUAAUAAAUAUAUAUGUAUGCAUCUGCAAUUGAAUGUACAUUUACCAUCUGGCAAAUAAAUGUGUUGUUGAGCU